AUGCUGCCCACCGCCUUCACUCAGCCGGUGACUAAGUGCCUGAUUGGCUCGCGCUUGGGAACGGUCGCGUUCCUGCUGCUGCUAAUUCUGUCCGCCACUGAGACUUCUGCACACGGUACCACAGUCGAGCACGACCUUCAUAUCGUCCACAACGUCGAUAACAGAAGUCCAGAGAUUGACCCGUUCUGGUAUGUGGGGCGCGGUGUGAGACCUAUCGGGCGGUUUGGGAAGAGACAGAGUGGAGGUGGUCUGCAGCCAGUGGUCAAAUCUCUGGAGCUCCUGUUGAACACUCUCAGGAAUAAGGAGAGCUUGAGGGCCGCGCUGGCACAGGAUGAGUCAGAUUGGUUACCAUGAGAUCUGCUACCAACAGCGACCUGCUGCUGUAAUAUUUAGGUGUAUUAGUGUGUAUAAUCAAUCACAGUUUUCUCAUUCUUUCCCUGGCUGUGUGUCCCUCAAUAUUAAUUUCAAAUAAAUUGAC